CCCGCCCCCGGCUCCGCCUCCCGCCCGCCCCGCCAGCUGCUCUCGCCUCCGCCUGCGUGCUCGUCCGGAGGAGCAGCUCGCCGAGGCCGCGGAGCUGCGUCCCCAGCGAACACAGGGCUUGGCUUUCUUGGCGUUGUGACACCCAGACGGGAGCCUGUCCUGUCCAGAAUGAAGGUCUUCCUGUCCGUGCUGCUGGUGGCCCUUCUGGGUGUGGAGCAAGCCCACUCCUUGGUGUGCUUCUCUUGCACGAAUCAGAACAGCAAUUUCUACUGCCUGAAGCCCACCAUCUGCUCCGACUCUGACAACUACUGCGUGACCGUAUCUGCCGCCGCUGGCAUUGGGAACGUGGUGGACUUUGGCCACAGCCUGAACAAGGGCUGCUCCCCAGUGUGCCCUGCCCCCCCAAACAUCAACGUCGGCGUGGCAUCCAUGGGUACCUACUGCUGCCAGAGCUUCCUGUGCAACAUCAGCGCAGCCGAUGGCGGGCUGCGGGCCAGCGCGGCUGUGCUGGGCCUCGGGCUGCUGCUCAGCCUGCUGUCGGCUUUGCUGCGGCUUGGCCCCUGACCACCUGGACCCUGUGCCCAGCCCUGACCCCCGCAGCUCAGGAAGGAAGGCCCAGCCCCGCCCAGACCCCUCAGCUCCUGCCUGAUCCCACCUCCUUGGCCCAGUCCCCACCAUCAGGCCUGCCCCCUGCACCUGUACCUGCCCCCAUAGGGGUCCGCUACCCUCACUGCCUCACUUCCGGGGUCAAUGAUACGACCUUCCUCCGGGAGCCUGAGAAGGGAUGAGGGUCCGUCUGGAGUCUGUGGGUCUCAGAGUCAGAACUGAGUCACACUGAGAUGGGUACCUAAGUCCUGGGCCCUGUCCCCGUCCAGGCCCUGUCCGUUCCAGACAGUGGUGUGUAAGAUGUGCUUUGUGCCACUGUGUCUUAGAAGGGGGAACCUCCUGUGGUUGUGAAUACCCCCAGCUGUGUGGGGCAGGUCAUUGUGUGGCCUUCUUGGCUCUGCUUGGGGAAGAAGUGGGGGGUAAGCAGCCCUGAAAACCCCGAACUCCAACACCAGGGCCAUUCUUGGGCAUUCUGUACCCUACAUUCCACCCACUCGAUGGCAGGGAUUACACUGCAUCCAGGUCUAGGCUGCUGGACCCAGAAAUCAUCUCCUACCCCCAAAGCCAGCCGGAGCCUCCGCCCCUGCCCCCCACACUGGAGCCCUUCUGCUGCUUUGGUGCUUCAAGUAAACUUGGAUGUUCCCACCCCU